AUGCGGGGUAUAAUCGCGACUUCCAUCUCACCUUACGACCUACGCGCACUUUGGCCUAGCCAGCCUGAUAUGUCACAUUCCCUCGCCAAAGCCCCGUGUGUCAAUUGUCGCGGUGACCGAAGACGGCCGAAAUGUAGACGUUGCGAAACAAAAGGUCUUGAUUGCGAGCCGGUGCAGCGAAAACAAGUAUUUCGACUCGGCUCAACGGCUAAUCUGGAUGCAAGUUUCAGACACGAUCAAAUAUGGGUAAACAGCCAGCCUCGGAACUGGAGACAAUCUACAGGACCGGAUCGAGUAUCACAGUGUCGUUCUACUUUGGCCUUGUCGAAUGAGCAAUCUGAUAGUCCACCCGCAUCAGAGCCCCCGGUCGAUAACUUUCAGCACAACUAUGGUCCUGCCUCAUUGGACAACCAGUCGAAUCAAGUGAGCGCUGCAAGUCCGCAUGCGCCGCUCGAUACUCCCUCGCGGCUCACCACGUGGAGUUCAACCUCGCCUAGCCAUCUCAGUGACGCCGCUGGUUCAAUGCGCUCCUCGUUUGUCAGUACGCCCGAUGGACAACAUAGACAGCUGAUCAAUGCUGGUCAUGAGAUCCGAGAUUCUGGACACAGUAGCCGAAUAACUCAGAGCGAUCUACCCCAUCAUGACACACUCAUCCCGUCUUGUGUGAAUGGAGACACAACACAUCCCUCGAGUCAGUUGCAGGAGUCCUGUUUGAUGAGGUAUUUUAUCGAAGAGCUAUCUCCAUGGUUCGAUCAUUGUGACGAGCUACGCCACUUCCAACUGGUAGUUCCUCGCCGGGCGGAACGUUGUCUUGCUCUACGCAAUGCAGUCUUUGCCGUAUCGGCUCGUCACCUUUCCCGCUUACCGCAAUACAUGACUUCUCGAGGCAUUGUGUAUCAGGGAGAGCUUUUGCCAGAUUUAACAAAGUCAACAUCUUUGGAAUACAUGUUGAAGUGCAUUCCCGAGUUGACUCGGUUUCAUGAAAUUCAAGAUCCCACUCACCAGGAGAACAUCAUGGCCACGACUGUGAUCUUACGGCAAUAUGAGGAAAUGGAAGAAGAGCUGGAAGAAGGGGAGGUUGGAAACUACGCCAAUGAUCGAGUGAACUUCCUGGCAAUUACUCAUACGAUUAUUAACACUAUGAUUUCGACCCCACUUGACCAUCCCUUCGCUACCGCUGCCUUUUGGAUUACCGUCAGGCAAGAUGUAUAUUGUGCUUUAACCAGACAACAAACUCCGGAAUUCCGAUUCGGCUCUGAAAGCUUGAAGCCUUCCGUGGUGAACACCAUGGUCAUUUUUACAAGUGAAGUGGCAAAAUGGCGCUGGGGAACGAAGACAACAUAUCAAUGGGAAAUCCUUAAGAAAAGACAACAUCAGCUCGACGACGAAUACUCACACGAGCUAUCGCCACUCCUGGACGAAAAGGCAGACCGAGCCAGAGGAUCUAUCUUUCCAAGAAUAUGGUAUCUAGCGGAGUCCCAGGUGACAGCAGUUCAGCAUUUCAGGUUAGGUGAAAUGAUUUUGAUCGCAGAAAGCCCCUAUCUCGAAAAAGCUCGAGGCCCAGUACAUCGCAAAGCUGAAGCGCAGGUUCGUGAAAUUGUACUGUCUCUCUGUGGCAUUGCAAUAUGUCAUCCGCGAUGCCAACCUGCUCUUGUGAAUGCCGUCAUUGCGAUUACACUUUAUGGCGAAUAUUUCACGCAGCCUGAUGAGAGGGACGCGCUUUUGGGUAUCAUCAACAGAACUAUGGAUCUGCAUGCUUGGCCAAUGCGGAAAGCACAUCAGGCCCUUUGCGAACAGUGGGAAAUGGCCGAUGCGGUGUAG